AUGCUUUCUCCCUUUGUCAGACUCGCGGCUGGUCUAAGCAACCUGUCCUCCGCCUUCUCUCUCCCACAGGUCUUGAGCUCCACCUCCGCCCUCGCGACAAGUCGGAUUGCCGUCCCUGCGGACAUAGACGAGCUUGUUGAUGUCGUGCUCUUGACCAUGCCCGCCGACCCCCAGUGGGACUACCGGUUUCCUUACAGGCUGCAAUAUCCCGAGGAGCAUCGCAAAUAUACCAAAAUGCUCUGGGAGAAAUUCAUCGAUCCGGCCUACGACGAUUGGGUGGUCCAGGUCGUAGAGGACAAGCUCCCCGGCGCCUCAAAGCCCGUCCUUGUCGCAUUCUCCGUGUGGAAUGUGUCAUACCUAAACAAGAGAAAACAUGGACCUUCAUACGAACCCCAAAGCCCUCCCCGCGAGGUAGCCGAGAACGGCGGCGCAACUCGAAAAGACGCCAACCCAGCGCACGUCCGAGCCUUCAAAGAAUCGAGUGAUGAGUGUGACAAGAAAUACCUCGACGUGUACGGAGAUGACCAGCUCAUACUCCAGAUCCUUGGUACCCAUCCCGACUACAGACGGCGCGGGCACGGCACUACCCUGUGCAAGUGGGGGAUGGAUCUUGCUCGCCGGGACGGCGUCGUCCUCACACUACAGGCCAGCCCUUUGGGCCGGCUUCUCUAUAACAGUUUGGGGUUUACAAACCUCGGCGAGUGCGUGAUGCAAGUGCCAGGAGAGGACGAAUACGUACCUUUCUGGGCUAUGGUCUGGCCUGCCCAAAGGGCGGAGCUGUAG